AUGAUAGAUUUAACUCAGAAUAUUUUCACACCAAAAAGACCAUUUUACGUUUCAGCAAUAAGCCAUGAAAGUAAAAAUCAAAUGGUAUUUUUCAAUUUUAGAUUGAAUCCUGAAGAAUAUGCCUUUAGUGACAUCAUUUAUAUAUCGUCUAUUUGCUUCAGUUGGAAUGGUGUAGCGGUUUGGCGAUGGGAUGUACCUAAUGAAGAAGUUUGUGGCAUUUGUCGUGUUCACUUUGACGGUUGCUGCCCUACUUGCAAAACUCCAGGAGACGAUUGUCCACUCAUAUGGGGUGAAUGUACACACGUGUUUCAUAUGCAUUGUUUACUAAGAUGGCUUCAAACGGAAGGCAGCCGUGGACAAUGUCCCAUGGACCGUAGAACUUGGGGUAAUGUUUAA